GCAUGUCCCAUGGUGCUUUGCGCUGCGCGUCAUCCCACCGUGAGUAUCGUAUUCGUUCGUGUGUCGGUUCUCUCUGUGUUGGAAAAAAAAAAGCACCGUGCGGUUCGCAGCGAUGUCAGUCCAGGCUGUGGCAGCGAAAAUGGCCGAGGUCGAAUUAAAAGACGUGGCCGGUAAAGACGCUUCCCCCGCCAUAUCUCCGUUGACACCGAAGGCAGAGGAGAAGAAGAGUGAAAAUAACUCGAGCUCGUCGUCAGCAGCGGCGGUGGAGCCGAGCCCGUUGACCACCGCUCCGAACCCCGUGAAGAUGCCGCAGGCGUCCGCGAUGAAGCGGCCGGAUCCGCAGCAAAACGGCGGCGAGGCGUUUGUCAACUGCGAUGGCACCGUGGCCGAGGCACCGCGAAUGAAAAAGAUCCAGUUUGCAGACCAGAAGCAGGAGUUCAACAAACGUCCCACCAAGAUUGGCCGCAGGUCUUUGUCUCGCUCCAUCUCACAGUCUUCUACAGACAGUUACAGCUCAGCCGCCUCAUACACUGACAGCUCAGAUGACGAAACCUCUCCCCGCGACAAACAGCAGAAGAACUCCAAGGGCAACGCAGACUUCUGCAUCAAGAACAUCAAACAGUCCGACUUCGGACGCAGGGAGAUCGAGAUUGCAGAGCAAGAGAUGCCUGCUCUCAUGGCUUUGAGGAAGAGAGCUCAGGGAGAGAAGCCAUUGGCUGGAGCCAAAAUUGUGGGUUGCACCCACAUCACUGCACAGACUGCUGUGUUGAUGGAGACCCUCUCUGCUCUGGGUGCUCAGUGCAGAUGGGCCGCCUGUAACAUCUACUCCACUCAAAACGAGGUAGCAGCUGCUCUGGCCGAGGGAGGUUUCUCAGUGUUUGCCUGGAAGGGUGAAUCGGAGGAUGAUUUCUGGUGGUGUAUCGAUCGCUGUGUUAACGUAGAAGGCUGGCAGCCCAACAUGAUUUUAGAUGAUGGAGGAGAUUUGACUCACUGGAUCUAUAAGAAAUAUCCCAACAUGUUCAAAAAGAUCAAAGGCAUCGUAGAGGAGAGCGUGACUGGAGUUCACAGGCUUUACCAGCUGUCAAAGGCUGGCAAGUUGUGUGUUCCCGCGAUGAAUGUUAACGAUUCAGUGACCAAGCAGAAAUUUGACAACCUCUACUGCUGCCGGGAGUCCAUCUUGGAUGGUCUAAAGAGGACCACAGAUGUGAUGUUUGGAGGGAAGCAGGUGGUGGUGUGUGGAUAUGGAGAGGUUGGAAAAGGCUGCUGUGCUGCUCUCAAAGCGAUGGGCUCCAUCGUCUACGUCACUGAGAUUGACCCCAUCUGUGCCCUACAGGCCUGCAUGGAUGGCUUCAGGCUGGUAAAACUCAACGAAGUCAUCCGACAAGUCGACAUUGUCAUCACCUGCACAGGCAAUAAAAACGUGGUAGUAAGAGAGUACAUGGACCGCAUGAAGAACGGCUGUAUUGUCUGCAACAUGGGCCACUCCAACACUGAGAUUGAUGUGGCCAGUCUGCGAACCCCUGAACUGACCUGGGAGCGGGUGAGGUCGCAGGUGGAUCAUGUAAUCUGGCCGGAUGGAAAGAGAAUAGUUCUGCUGGCAGAGGGUCGCCUCCUAAACCUGAGCUGCUCCACUGUUCCUACCUUUGUGCUGUCCAUCACCGCGACUACUCAGGCGCUGGCUCUGAUAGAGCUGUACAAUGCUCCUGAAGGCCGCUACAAACAGGACGUCUACCUGCUGCCUAAAAAAAUGGAUGAGUAUGUGGCCAGCCUUCAUCUCCCUACUUUUGAUGCACAUUUGACUGAACUGUCUGAUGAACAGGCCAAAUACCUCGGCCUGAACAAGAACGGACCCUUUAAGCCAAACUACUACAGGUACUAGACCCAUUCACAGGUGGGAAACGAAGACUAAAGAAAUUACCAAGACUCCAUAAUUCAUACAGACUAAGGCGAGACAGAGCUGUGUGUCACAGCUUGCAUUUGAAGGGGAGGGAGAAGCCCUGAUCUGAUUGGUUAGGGGUGAAGGGCGUGGCUAAUUAUCGCUACGGCAGUGUUUAUUUAUUUUAUGCUAGAAUAACAUAGCUAACCUUUUAUGAGCUGCUACUGCCAGUGGUGCAACCUAGCAAUGUUUUCAUGAAAAUUUCACCAUUUCAUCUUUUCUUAGCUUCAUUUGUUAGUUGUACGUAAUCCAUUUAGAGAUCUUUUAUUGUUUAAUUAUAAGUUCCGGUAAAGACAAAAAAAAACAAAAAAACAAAAACAAUGUUCGAUCAUACCCGAUGAUUUAGUCAUGGACAUGCCACGUUGUCCUGUUCUGUUGUUUUCUACAUGUUUUUUUUCUUUUUUUUUUUCUUUAUAUAAUAUGGGGGGUGGGACAGAAUUGCAGUCAGGCACAGGGCUUCAAAUCGUACUUUUUAGUUGAUCACACUAUUCAAAUUUUGUUGUUGUUGGUUAUUUUUUAAAACUUGUAUUAAUUUUGACAGCAAAUUUUAACAUUUGUGAUCUCAGUUCUAAAUAAAAGCUGUUAAAAUUUAACUGGAUUGUAAACGUUUUGGGGCGGGGCUUAUCCCCUCCGUUCACUCAGACUGGAAUCUCAUUGGCUGAUGCAUUAGCAUUUCAAAUUUCCCUUUCAAACGCAACACGCUCCUUCCACACUGUUUCCAAGAAUGCCAGUAUUGAUGUUUGAGGUUGAAAUGCUCAAACUGUGCGCAAUCUAUCCACAUUAUUGCUGAAACUCGUCAGGCUGUGUAAUCACAGGGGUGUAUAAUAAGAUAUUUAUACAAUUGUUUUUUUUUGGGUUUUUUUUUUUUACUUUUUCUUCUGCCAUUAACUUUUGUUCCUAUGAACUCAUCCUCUGUCAUUAUAAAGAUAAGCAAUUAAAUGUUAUAAGAUAUUCUAGUGUAAUAUGAAAUUUAAUGAAACCCUUGUUUUAUAUACUGUGAAGUAGAGCCUAUAUCAAUGAGAUACCAAAUGUACAGUUAAUCCGGUACUGAGUUUCUUUCCAGGUCCUCUGCAGAUUUAGUUUGGAACACAAUGGGAGAGAAAUGUGUGUAAACUGAAGCCAAGACCAACUGUGUACUCAUUUCAGAGGAUAGAAGGAAAGUUUUGCUGUUUGCAGGCCUGUAGAGCAAAAGCUGCCUUUGUGACUGGGAUAUUCAAAUAUAAUAAAAUUGGGACCUUUAUUUUGCUACACUUCUGAAAAUCUUUAUGGCAGGUAUUUAUCCUCUCUUUGCCAUUUGUGUUUGUCAUAAAGGGAAUCAAAAUGA